AUGAUUGCCUGGAUUUUCGUCACCAAUGUUCGCGAGUUGCUUCAAUUACGAAGGUUUAAUUGGAGGUUGUUUAAUUGGAAAGAGGACAGUGUGGCCUCCAGUGUCGUAGCCAGACCCGUUGCUGUGGCUGCUGGCGGUAGCAGCCUUGGUGAUGGUGACGCUGGGACACAUUCGCCUCCCAGCUGCUCCCUUGAGGCCCUCAACUACGACGACGAUGAGGAUGAGGAGACUCACACUGAUGCAAACAGUCGGUACUCCGUGGAGUACGACGUGAACGACGAUGAUGACUCCCUCCUGCAGCACCCGCUCUCCGUUUGCGCCUCGCGUGCAGUCUCGGUCUGUGACCUCUAUGAGGCCGAGCCGAUUGCCCUGGAGUACCCCAUGUGUCACCUAGACAGUUCGCCCGACUCCAACUCGUCAACUGGGGAGAGGAGAGAAGACAGACAAACAAGCCAGGAGAAAAGCGAGCGCGGCGUAGGUUUGGUCAUCACGUCGCCCCAGGCGGCAGGAGACAGUUCUUCGCCCGACAAGGACGGUGUUGUCGGAUCUCCGCUUGAGGUACGUAGACAGUCCCCAUGCCCUAGGCGACUUCCUACUACUAGCCAAAUUCAUCGCCAUGUAAGAGGUAUCCACAGCAUGGCAGGUUAG